AUGACAAGAGAACCAAAAUUUUACACUGGUUUUCCUAACUUUUCUACAUUGAAAAAUUUGUUUGCUGUUGCAUCCAAGGUUAAACUGCGGAAAACAAAGCCGCAACAAGAGAAUGAACUGCUGCUAACGUUAGUGAGGUUGAGAAGGAAUUUGGCUAUGGACGACCUCGCCUAUCGAUUCAACAUCAGCCAGUCUUCUGUCACAAACAUUUUCCACUCGUGGUUAGAUGCAUUGUACCAAAGUUUAGGUGGACUUGUGUGGCCGGAAACUGAUCUCUGCCAGCUACCAACAGUGUUUCAGAACAAUGUGUUCAAGAAAGUUAAGUGCAUCAUUGACUGCACUGAAAUUUUCAUCGAAAGACCUUCAAAACUAAAGGCCCGUGCCCAGACAUAUUCCAACUAUAAACGUCAUAACAUAAUCAAGAUACUUGUUGGAGCAAGUCCAACUGGAUGUGUCACAUUCCUAUCAACAUGUUGGGGAGGCCCGGUCAGUGACAGACAUAUUACAGUUAAGUCAGGUAUAUUGGACAAACGUUUACCAGACGAUGUUGUGCUUGCAGAUCGAGGGUUCCCAAUGACUGAAGACUUUGCCCUAAAGGGAGCCAAACUCAUUGUGCCAUCCUUCACCAAGGGGAAAAGGCAGUUAUCUAAAGAAGAAGUUGAAACUUCUAGGAUGAUGUCAAGGGCCAGAAUACAUACUGAGAGAGUUAUUGGGCGCCUUAAGCAUUUUGAAAUUAUCAAAGGACCUCUACAAAUAAUUCUGGUGAACAAGAGACACAGCAGUGUCAUUCCUGCUGGUGACAAGAUUAUACCUGUGGUUGCUGCUGUAGUGAACACAAAUGCCUGGGGCUAUUCUGUAAGACAACAAUCAACAAGUGUGAAUGUCAAACCCAUUCUAAGUUAA